AUGACUAAGUUCACUGGAGAGAACUGGAUUACAUGGAAAUUCCAGGUUAUGGUAAUUCUGAAGGCGAAGAAUGUAUAUGAUAUUGUGACUGGAACAAAGAAACGCCCCGCAGCAGCGGCCGACGAGUGGGACAAACUUGACGCAAAGGCGCAAGAAAUAAUCGUUACGAGGAUGGAAGAAAGUCCGUUGGUACAUCUAUUGUCCUGUAAAACGUCUCACGAGAUGUGGGAAAAGUUGCUUUCGGUAUAUGAGAAGAAGUCAAAGCUCAAACAUUUUAUACCAGCGUGGGAAUCUACUGCGGUAGAGUCUCAAACAGUUCAGGAACUUACUUCAAGACUGUUAAUUGAAGAGGAAAGGAUAAAUUCAACUGAAACUGUAACAGCACUAACAAGUAACGCCGUAAAUAAGAAAAAUAAGCAGAGUCACUCUCAGAAACCCGGACAUAUUAUGGCGAACUGUCGAUACAAGAAUUUAAAACCUAAAGAAGAAAAAGAGAAACCAAAAGAAGAAACUGAAGGAAAUGCAUUCAUUGGUGAAACUUUCGCUUUAAACUGGCACAAGGAAAAUGAACAAGUAGUAGCGCUUGUAGGAGGACAACCGUUAAACGAGUCUGAUUGA